UGCUAGAGAGGGAGAGAACGAAUCAGCAAGCUGGUUUGACCAGAAACAGAACUGCCUAUGACAGAUUAAGAGACAAGCAAGGCUUGGAAUCUGAGAGCAAGCAGAGUGGAAAUUUACUGCAGCUCUCUGUGAGUGUUCAAGUGAUCAUUUUCUCCUAACGUUUUCCGGUAGUAACUGUUACUCCUCAGAGUCAGAAAGUCAAGACGGAAUUGUGCUAAGUCUUUUAUCCACCACGCUUGCGUAGGAGGAGGCACCCUUUAGUAAAUGGAAGAUAAAGGUUGCUUCAGCUGAAGUGUUUUGAACCUGAGAAAAGAGCUGUCUUCACUACCUCACCAUGGGUCUGCUUUUUGUUGCUUAGACAAGCUGGGAGUUUCUAUAUCCCUUGCAUUCCAUAUUGGAAGAAGAGGUUUUUAUACAUGAAAAAAAUGCCUUUGUUUAGUAAAUCACACAAAAAUCCAGCAGAAAUUGUUAAAAUUCUGAAAGACAACCUGGCCAUUUUGGAAAAGCAAGACAAAAAGACAGAGAAGGCUUCAGAAGAGGUGUCAAAAUCUCUGCAAGCAAUGAAGGAAAUUCUGUGUGGAACGAACGACAAGGAGCCCCCUACAGAAGCAGUGGCUCAGCUGGCACAGGAGCUCUACAGCAGCGGGUUGCUGGUGACACUCAUAGCUGACCUGCAGCUCAUAGACUUUGAGGGAAAAAAAGAUGUGACCCAGAUAUUCAACAACAUCCUGAGAAGACAGAUUGGUACACGGUGUCCUACUGUCGAGUACAUCAGUUCUCAUCCUCACAUCCUGUUUAUGCUUCUCAAAGGCUAUGAAGCCCCACAGAUUGCCUUACGCUGUGGGAUUAUGCUAAGAGAGUGUAUUCGACAUGAGCCACUUGCCAAAAUCAUCCUAUUUUCUAAUCAGUUCAGAGAUUUCUUCAAGUAUGUGGAGCUGUCCACCUUUGAUAUCGCUUCAGAUGCCUUCGCUACUUUUAAGGAUUUGUUAACCAGACAUAAAGUAUUGGUAGCAGACUUCUUAGAACAAAAUUAUGACACUAUUUUUGAAGACUAUGAGAAACUGCUGCAAUCUGAGAACUAUGUGACAAAGAGACAAUCUUUAAAGUUGCUAGGUGAGCUGAUCCUGGACCGCCACAAUUUCACCAUUAUGACCAAGUAUAUCAGCAAGCCAGAGAACCUGAAACUCAUGAUGAACCUGCUUCGAGACAAAAGUCCCAACAUCCAAUUCGAAGCCUUCCAUGUCUUUAAGGUGUUUGUGGCCAGCCCCCACAAAACGCAGCCUAUCGUGGAGAUUCUGUUAAAAAAUCAGCCCAAACUCAUUGAGUUUCUGAGCAGCUUUCAGAAAGAAAGGACAGACGACGAGCAGUUUGCUGAUGAGAAGAACUACCUGAUUAAACAGAUUCGAGACUUGAAGAAAGCAGCCCCGUGAAGAUGGUCCUGCCCCGACAGCCAUUUGUCUCCCUUGCCCAGUGUGUACAGUGUUGUUUUAAAGUCUCCGUUCUUAGGAAGGCUUUGGAGGUCCUGUCUUUCUCAAUUGAUUGUUCAAGGUAGAUGAAAUAUAAACAUUUGAGUGGAAGAAAAAAAUCAACCUAGAAUAAUAUAUUCAUUUUAAUCAAGCCUGUGAUUGCUUAUGGAAUCAACCAUUAUAUUAAACAUUGAUCAAAAGCAGUGUAAGUUCAGAGCUGCACCCUGGGUCACCCAGGACAUCAAGUCAGGGAACACAAGUGUCUCUUGAAACAGACGAUGGGAGGAGACCCAUCUGGUUUUGUUCGUUUAGACAGCCUUUUUCAGACACUGAAGAGAUGGGAGACAGGACGGCAUUGUCUGCUCAGUGUGCACUUUCCUUCUCUGCCUGCUGCCUCCUAGGUAGUAGGUGGGAACAGUGCCCAGCUCCCAGCACCGUUUCUUCUUCCUUGUAGCCCUUGUCUGACCCAUGACCCAUUCCAACUUCUGAGGGCUAGUGUGGAAGCAGCUGAGGGCCGAGUGAGAUCAAUAGAGGUUACAGGGACAGAGACCCAUGGGCUGUGACUCUCAGAGGAGAAGUGCAAAAAGGUGGCUGUAAUCAGCACUGCUCUGUUGGCUCUGUUGGCUCUGUUCUACAGGGUCAAUGAGUGUGAGGAUAUUUCACUAAUAGCUGUUGCUAUGGAAAGAAUGCUUCCUGAUACUUCCAUAUACUUGAGAGGUGGAAUCACAGUAGGUACAAACCAUGGGGCUAGAUGGCCAUGUUAUCCUUCCAUCAGUAGAGGGGAAAGUGAGUCAUGCAUAACAAAUGUCUCAGACAACCAGAGGUUCUCUCUGGUUCAGUUUGUUCUGUAAUAACCUGUCAUUCCAUAGCCGUCUAUCAGUGUCUUCAAUGAGAAGCUAAAAAAUCUAAAAUUGUUGGUUCCAAGUACUCUCUUUCAUGCUAGAAUAACUAAGGUGUUCAUUUGUGUCCCCUUAACAGGGACAGGAAGAAAAAUUAUUUUUUUAAAGGCCAUGGUUUGUUUUUAGACUUCAGACCUCUAAAAUGGACUUUUAAAGAGACAUUUCCCAGGCACUGAAGCUACAAUUGCUUGUCAGCUCUUCAUGCCCUGAAUUCCCAUGGCACUGGACUGCUGUCUUCCUUGCCUUUGGGCACAUAUGUCUCCAUCCAGAGACAGGAAAGGAAGUGUGUCCUCCAGUAUAAAUGCUUUUAGUGGGUUUCCCACCCAGCAAAUUCCCUGGCAAGGCACCUUGCUUCUUGACUGGGGUUCAAGUGUUUUACUUCCAUGUACCCCCGCCACUGUCCUGUAUUCUUCAGUCACAGAAGUCAGAUUUUUUUAUAAUAUUUCCUGAUAGUAUGGAGCCCCUUAGACCUUGACCUUUCUAGAUUUGCUUAUUUGAUUAAAAGAGAUGAAAAAACAAAACCUUUAAAUGUGUUUCCAUAGCAUCAUGGGACACAGGCAAGGCCAUGUUUUAAUUUUAUUUCAGUUAAAAACACUUCUUUUCUCUGGGUUUGAAUUGGCUCUUUGCCAGCAUCCUUUUAUCCUAGCUGUGUACUUUCUGGACAGAAAGCUACAGAGUCUGAGAUGCAGUGACUGAGGUAGCCGGGGUGCUGCUACGAGUUUCUAAGUUAGUCACUUAGACGGGGCACAUGGGGCUCACCACCACGGUGUGUUUACACAGAGAUCACUGUAAGUACUGUGAGACUUGAAUGUGGAAAGGUCAUAGUUAAUAAGAAGCACAGUUUAAAGACCAAAUAAAAAGUACCACAUACUCUUGG